AUGGGCAAUGAUUACCAGUAUGCAUCUCCAGAUGCCAUAGCUGGACUGGUAAUUGAGAAAUAUCACAAACUUCCUUUGAAGGGUAAGCCAACGGUUCGAUCUAAUGGUGUGCGAGAGUGGACCGUUCUAGCGGGUAUUGUUACUGAAACACCAGCACUUGGGCCUCGCUGUGUAUCCCUAGCUACUGGAGUGAAGGCAAUACCCAAUGCCUCCCUUCCUAAGUGCCAUGGCAUGGUACUUCAUGAUAUGCAUGCGGAGAUUCUUGCAAUUCGAGGGUUUAAUCGGUUUCUACUAGAGGAAUGCUUAAAAGCCGUUGAGCAGAGAAGUGAUUAUAUCCUAUAUGACAAGCAGCGCCAUUCGGAAGAUGGUUCAAGAUAUAUGUUCUUCGCAAAGUCCAAGCUUAAGAUAUAUCUCUAUGUAUCAGAGGCACCAUGUGGAGAUGCAAGUAUGUCAUUGAUAUCGAGUGGCCAACAAGACGCAUGGGCAGACCCUGUGUCGAGGAUCGAUGGGGUUGAAUCAGGUAUAGUCCGUGGUCGAGAUCAUUGUUUCCAGGUUGGGCUUACCAGAACCAAACCAGGCAGACGUGAUUCCCCUAUUACAUACUCUAAGUCCUGUUCUGAUAAGCUAUGUCUUCGACAGGUUUCCUCCUUGUUAAGUGGACUUUUGAGCUCUAUUUUGUCUCCUGACAGUUUCUAUUUAUCAAAAUUGAUAGUACCUCGAGAGGUGUAUAUCGAAGAGGAUUUUGUUCGUGCUUUCAGGUCAAGGCUACAGACGGGAACUAAGCGGAAAUUUGAGCAGGACGCUUCAGACAAUGACUUUGCUCUGCCAUCGGGAUAUCGUACAAAGUUCUUCGAAUAUUGUGUUACCGACUCUUCCUGGGAGUUCAAGAAGGUGAAUACUGAAGCAGUGGGUGGAUCGAAACCCUCUUCAACAUCUAUUUUGUGGAUCUCGGACUUAUCUAAUGAAGCCAUUUCAAACGGUGUAAUAAUGGGAGCUAAGCCUUUUGUCGGUAAGGGCCAGAGCUCAGUUUCUAGAAAACAGAUGUUUCAAAGUUUUGCAAAGAUAUAUAGCAAGAUUGGGCUGUCUUUGGAUGACGAUAUCACUUAUCUUGCAUUCAAGAAGUCGAAUGUCACCCGAAUAUCAGUGAAAGAGCGUGUAUACGCUAAACUUAAAGGCUGGGUGUAUACUGAGAAAGACGACUUUCGUCUUCAAUCUUCAGUUGAUCUUCAUCGAGAUCAGACCAAAUGA